AUGCACUUUGCAGAGUCUUUGAAGCCUCAGGAUGUGGAGGGUGGGCCAGUCCUCUUCCUGCCACAGCUUCUACAUGUCCUGGCGUUGCACAUGAAGCAGGCUCCCCCAGAGGGCGCUCGCGAACUGCAGGGCUCGCUGGCAGCGUACCUGAUCCUCUGUGGACUCGCCGAGAAGCUCCGCGAGCUCUUCGGACGAGCUGAGAUCCGUCUCAAGCUCUUCGACGGAGCGUCUCCGCUGCCUUUGCUGCUACUUCGGGCAAUGUGCUUUCUGCAUAUUCUCGUCACUGCGUAUCGCCGCCCGGGAGGCGCACAGCCCGAGGCAAACUCGAGCCCGGAAGUGGUGGCUGCCAUUGCUGCCUCUCACGAGCGCGUGCUGGAGACCCUCCGGAACACCGAGCUCUUCGGCGUCGUUGGCAUCCUGGUGUCCAUCUUGCUCUCAGAGGGCCGCCGGGAAAAGGGUGCCAAGCUGCCGCAGACCGUGGUAUCGCUGUGCGUCCAGGCACUUCGGAUUCUUAACUGUGUGGCGCAGAUCGACUUGAAGACGCUUCAAAAGACAAUGGGUGCUGGCGCUGGUAGACAGCAGGAGCGACCUGUUUUGGUUGAUUCGGGGACUUGUUGCCCAGGCUUUUACUGCCUCGAAGCUCCGCAGAACCAGACUAUCCUCUGCUACGGCGAGGGCCAGGUGCUGCUCUGCCGCCUCGCAGCAUUGCCGUUGCAUUACUUCAUGGAGGAGCGGGGCAAGAGCAUCCUCUUCCCCACGAUCCUUGCUUCCUGCUACGAGUCCGAGCAGAACCUUGACGUUCUCAGGAGCGAGAUGAAUCUCUCGCUCCUAAAGAACUUCCUCAACGCCCAGAUCGCCCAAGGGGAGGAGGCGCGCCCACCGGACGGCCUCCCGCCCUUCUCUUGUCGCUUCCCACCGGCCCUCUGGCAGGUGCCAGUGCUGCUUUAG